GCUUGGCAACAGUCCGGACCGGCUCCUCCCACUCCGUGGUGGGUGGAGGUGGACCCUGACCGGGGCAAGGUUACCUGGCAGACACUCGAUCCCCUCCCACGGCAGACCUUGAGGAAGGUGUGUGUGAUGCAGAGGAAUGUACCGCUGUGCCAGGAACGGCAGAGGAGCCCUUUAAAGUGCCCCGGUCUCCUCAUGCACGCGCACACUCUCUCUCUCUCUCUCUCUCACUGCGCUGCAGAACCAGAACAGGGAGGUUCAUCCGUCCGGUACCUCCUCCCUCCCUCCAGUGGCGCAGCCUGCGCAGUCUUCUCUCGCCUGUCAGGACGGGAUAACGGCGGACGCCUGAACACAGCCGGUGAGGGUUUUGCUCGGCGGAGUCCUCUUCACGCCCCGUGUGCAGAUCUGCCCUCGCUCUGCUCCUCUGAACGGAGAUCCAGACCUCUGAAGAUGCUGCUGGAUGCCGGUCUGGUGGAAGCAGCUCUACGACCAGCAGCAGGCGUCAACGUGGAUGUGGAGGUCUGAAGGGAGGACGGCCGUCUGCAGAUUGUCCUGAGAUGACUAGAAGGGUUUAGCUCGGAGAGAUAAAAGAACCCUCAAACAGACCCGGAGAUGAGCGUAGGGGAGCCCAGCGGGUCCAGCAUGAAGCUCCCUCUUCACCACGCCGGAGACCACAAUGGCAAUGCCUUCCCUGUCUCAUCCUCCUCGUCCUCCUCUUUGUCCUCCUGCCUGGGGGCGUCGUCCCCCGAGUCCCUGCGGAGCCUGAGCAGCCUGAGCGGGGGCCGGACCGACAGCCCGCUGGACUACGAGGUGCUGGAGGUCACCCUGACGACCACGGUGAUGACCAAAGAGGACGCGGUGACGGGGGUGGUGCUUUCCAGAUGGCCUCCGGAGGACGAGCAGCAGCGCGGCAACAAUGAGGAGGAGGAGGUGUCGGCGGGGAGGGAUCUCUCAGAGUCCAAUGAAACCUCUCUGUCCGUGUACCUGGAUGCAGAUGGUUCCGGAGACCGACAAGAGUCCUGGAACGACAACCGGACGCUGUCCCUGUCCCUGAAGAGCAGUGAUGGUAGCCAUGGCAACAGCUGCGACCUCAGCAGUGGGAGCAGUGUUGGGAGAAGACGAGGCUCCUUCGAUCCCGACUCAGACGCCACAGAGGUCCCCGCUGACGACGACGAUGAUGAUGAGGAGGAAGAGGAGGCCUUGUUUCUGUCCGUGAGCUCCGACAUGUACGUGACGCUCACGCAGGAGAUCCCGGCCGGAUCACCUGAGCGCCACCCCGAGGGGCCGCUGCUCGGCGAUCAGGACUCACGGCAGACGUCUCACGGCGGUCCGGAGGACCUCAGCUCCCAGACUUCAGUCAGCUCAGCGUCCUGCAACGGUCCAGCUGAAGACGCUCCAACAGUCGCACCUCUCCCACCCGAGGAACCUGGAAGUUGUCCAGCAGCACCCGAAGCUCCCCAGACGGACUCAACGUCAAAACCCAAGCAGCCCGGCGCUGACGCACCGGCCUCCCCCGCUGUGAAACUGUCCAGUGUGGAAGCCAAGAGAGUUUCAAGGCCGUACAUGAAAUCAGACAGAGCUAAAGAAGGAUCCCGGUGCAACACCUACGCGCCCAAAGUGCCCCCCAAGCAGACCAGGCCGACUCCAGCCGCCGUCAUCAGGAAGGGUCGGGGCGAUGGGGGCCCGGGAUCCUCUCCCGGUCCAAUCAAAGUCGCCGUCAUCCUGAGACCCGUCAGGGGAAAGAGCCGCACUCUCAAAAACAACCACAAGAUGGCAGCGACCACCAAGCCUGCUCAGCUGAAGAGGGUUGUAGCCCUCAGUCGAGCUCUGUCUGAUUCGAGCAGCUCUCUGGGCUCUGAGGGGGUUGGGGGGGCCGCAGAGUCUCCCAGAAGGCAGGGUGGAGGAGAGGCCAACCCAGAAACACCAAGAAGUCCUUGGAGAGUCUCCUCCAGGCUGGGACCCGGCGCCCCCAGGCCGCCGGCGAGGGGAGCCGCAGCGCCGCCGGGCUCGGGGACCGGACCUCCAGGACUCCAGCAGGCCCAGACCGACGGAGGACAGAGUCCGAGCAAAGCCAGACCGAGCCUCGGUAUCCCCAAACCUCGCACCAAUGCAGAACGAGCGUCAGCCCUCGCUCAGAGUCCUGCAGCGUCCAGUUCCAAACCAGCAGCCAAUCAGCAGCCUGCAGCAGGGUCAGCAGGACGACCCGCCGCGCCCACCGCCUCCAAACUUCCUGUCAAAGGGUUGACCUCCAGUUCCUCACAGCCAGGAAGCGGCGAGAAUGACGCAGCAGCGAGCAAAGGACCUCCAGCUCCACCGGGGACCCAGACGGAUGAGCGGUCCAGCCGGAGCACGCUUCCUGCAGGCAGCCAGAGUCCCAUGAAGGCCCCGGGCUGCAGCGCCGCGGCCGCCGGCGAUGCCGUCUGCAGCGCCGCUGUGAAGCCUCCGGCCGGGAGAGGCAGGGCGCCGUCUCUGCAGGCCCGGACCUGCACAGGUCUGAAGGCUCCGACCAAUCACAACACGGCAAAGGCGGUAGGCGCCAGCCAGACGGCGGCAAAGGCGUCUCCGACCGGCAGUCAGGUGCCGACGAAGCAGGCGGCGCUGCAGAGGAGCGGCUCGGCCAGACUGGCUCGACUGAACGGCUCAGUGGACAAAAACAAACCGCGGGAGGCGCCGACCAGAGCCGCCAACCCCGGCAGCAUCGGCAGCAGCACCCAGGUCACCGCAGCAGGAAACCAGCAGCUGCCGCCGCCUGAGCUGGUGCCUGACGUGGUGAAUGGCAACACGGCGGCGGUACCGGUCCUCCCAGCACCAGCCUCUGAUGCCACCAAAGCCAGAACUGGGCCACGAGCCAACCCUAAGACGGGGUCCCGCCUCCAGAGUGCAUCUAGACCCGGAGGGGCUCCGGUGCCGACGGCGGCGGAGGGGACGGCCAAACGGAACCAGAACAAGGAGCAGGCGGAGAGGAGGAACCAGGCCAUCAGCCAGCUGAGGAGGCUGCUGGUCCAGGGGAACCGGAGGGUGGAGGCUCUGGCCACGGUCAUCCAACACCUCUUCACUGCGCGGGAAGAUGCUCUGAGGCAGAAGAAGGAGCUGUCGCUGCAGCUGGAGAAGCUCCGGGACGAGCUGGUGUCGUCAGCGCAGGGCUGCGAGCGCCUGCAGAAGGAGAAGGAGGCGGCGCGCCUCGGCUCGGAGGAGGCCCUGAGGAGGCUGGAGGAGCAGCAUCGGGAGGACCUGGUGCAGCUGGAGGACAGGUUGAGGAGCUUUUACCAAACAGAGUGGGACAAAGUCCACCAGGUGUACCAAGAGGAGGCGGACAAAUGCCGCCUGUUGAUGGAGCAGCAGGUGGAGGAGCUGAGGAGCCGACAGGAAGUGGAGAGGAAGAACCAGGAAGUGAGCCACAGCCAGGAGGUGGAGUCUGUCCGACAGCAGUACCAGGCCUCCAUAGAAGAACUGAAGGAGGUCCAGAAGACGGAGCUGGAGGGUCUGCAGAAAACCCUGAAGGAGACGGAGACUUCUCUCUCUGAGCAGAUAUCUGAGCUGUCGGCAGAGAAGGACGACCUGAGCGAGAAGCUCCGAGCCGAGGAGGAGAGGAGGAAGCAGAUCCUCGGAGACAAAACCCUGAAGGACUCGCACACCGUGUACCUGGAGCGGGAGCUGGAGAGCCUGAAGGUGGUGCUGGAGAUGAAGAACAACCAGCUGCACCAGAAGGACAAGAAGCUCGUGGAGAUGGACAAACUGGUGGAGACCAACGUGAAGCUGGAGGAGUGUCUGAAGAAGGUGACGCAGGAGAAUGAGGACUACCGGGCCAGGAUGGACAAGCACGCCGCUCUGUCCAGGCAGCUGUCCACGGAGCAGGCCAUCCUGCAGCAGACGCUGCAGAAGGAGUCCAAGGUCAACAAGCGUCUGUCCAUGGAGAACGAGGAGCUGCUGUGGAAGCUGCACAACGGCGACCUGCUGGCGAGCCCGCGCCGGCCCUCGCCCACCUCGCCGUUCGGCUCGCCCCGGAACUCCGCCUCCUUCCCCACAGCCGCGCCGUUAUCGCCCAGAUAACCCCGCGGUGAACCUGCUUCCUGAGCCCCGGCGACGCCGUCGUCACGGCAGCGCUGAGCCGCGGGGAGCGCGUCGCCGUGGCGACGAUGCCCUCGGGCCCGGGCGUGAGCCCGAUUCUCGGAACGUGGACGGCGGGCACAGCUCAGGGUCUGUACAGAGCCGCGCGGGCGUCGCCAACACCCCCACCUUCAUCUCUCCGUUCCUCUACGUCCGCCCAUCCCUCGUUCUCAGAAGCGGAGGACAAAAACCAGACUUCAGCUGGACGCGGGCUGGCGGCAGCCGCGACCGGGGCUCGUGGGGGGGGGUCCAGUGGAUUACUUUGCCUUUUAAAGACGUAACUGCUUCUCCCAAAGAGCGAAGCUCAAUCACUGCUGUGGACCUCCGCGAGGAGGACGGGCCUCGGUUCAUGUGAGCUCCUCUCAGCCUCUACCUUCAUGUUCUCAGUGGAAUGUAACCCCCCUUGGAUGUGGACCGGGAGCAGGUUCAGACCAAUAUGCAGUCCCCCUCCCCCCCCAGAAACCAAGGUCACCUUGUGCCCAGUAAUCAGACAAUCCGACUGAUCUGUCGAUGUGUAAAAACCUGAUUCCUAAAGUGUCACUUUUCGUCCUGAAACACCUCAAAUGAACCCGAAAUGCCUCAGUUGUAAAUGUUCUGUUUUAUUUUCAACACAGAAUAAAAUCAAUAUGACAGAA